AUGAAAGUGAUCACCUUCAGCCAGCCGUUCCAGACCAUGGUUCGGGGUGUGGCUGCAGUGAGGGACGAGGACAAGAAGGAGGAGAACAAGGCACGCAGCAAGCCCCGGGAGCCCCUCAUGUCUCUGGUGGACUGGGCCAAGAGUGGAGGAAUGGAAGGCUUCUCACUGAGAGGGGCGCUACGACUUCCCUCAUUCAAGGUGAAGAGGAAAGAACCUCUGGAGCUAGCAGAGGUAGGAGAGAUGAAGAGACCCAAGACACCGCCAGAGGAUGACGACGAAGACURGUACCAUGACAAGGGUCUAGAGGGAAGAAUGGCAGAUGGGGAGGGCCACAGGGCUGAGAGGGACAGCAGGCGGAGGAAGAAGAAGACGAGAAGUCGGAAACCUUGGGACCUGGACAGCGAAGGAGAAGAGACUUCUGACGGUUCUUCUUCAGAUAAGGAGGACGAGGAGGAGGGAAGUGACAAGGGGUCAGAAGAUGAGGCCUUGAGUGCGGACAGCGAUGAUGAGAGCCUCUCCUCAUCCACAGAGAGUUCUUCUUCCUCAACAUCAUCAUCCUCCUCUUCCUCUGAAGARGAGGAGGAAGGAGAGCAGGCCGGCAGUGGACUGGACACCAUGGAUGAGUCUACGAUGGACAGCACAGCUCUGGARACAGAGAAGGGGGAUGACCGAGAAAAGUCUGCAGCUGCUGUUCCAAAAGCACCACUCAGCGCCGAGAUCAAAGCUGAAAUUGCUGCCAGCAAGAAGGAUUCAUCAACACUCAGCUCAAACGCUCGUCCUCCAGCCCCCCGCCCCUCCUCCCCAAUUGURAUUGUGCCUCCUCUCAAGAAGCYAAGGAAGACCGUCUCGUUCUCUWCCYGGGAGAGCGACUACAAACCCCACCUUCCAACGGURCCCUUGUCCCCARCUCCCUCCACUGCRUCUCCUCUCUUSUCCCACAUGAAAUCUCACCUUCCAGACUCCAUUUUCAUCGCCUCCACACCUGGAACCACCCCCUCCAAGACUCUCUCACUCCUCCCCUUUGCCUCCAAACCAGGCGAAGGCAAUGCCCUCUCUCCCUCCCCUGUUCUCACUGUUCCCUCGCCUGUACGCCCCGAAGACUCAAUAAAGAGCCCUGUCCCUCUGGUGUCCCCCCCAAUCACCCCCACCAAGUCCCCCAACAAACAGGGGGCCUCCCCCAAAUCCCCCGCUUCAGUGUGGGUGUGUCGCACCGUGCAGAACCUCCCCCUGGACCACGCCUCCAUGGUCAAGAUGGCCUUCGAGGAGGCCCCGCCCCCUGUCACAAAGGGCCGGGGCAGGGGACGCCCCAGGACUGUCAGCCUGUCGACCCCCACCCCUCUCCCCUCCUUCCACACCCUCAGAGAGGAGGAGGAGGAGGAGGAGGAGGGACUGCAGAGGCUGAGACUCAGUGAGCAGCUGGGAGCAUCCAGCCUGCUACAGCUGGGUUCGGCCCCCACGGCUGAUCUGUCUGUCCUGGCUGAUGUGGCCCUGAAGCUGGACCCAGACGCUGGAGACUCAGAGGAGACGGAGACGUCAGACGAGGCAGAGGAGCAAAAGAUGGAGGAGGAGAUGCUACUCUCUCCCAAAGCCCUCCCCCUGGUUAUGGACCCACAGGGCCUGUCUGCCCUGCAGGAACACAACUAUUCCAAAGCCCCCUUCCACCUCAUCCCUGCCCAAAAGAGGAGUGUCUCCAAACAGGAGACUGGGGUGCUCCUCCCUGCAGACUUUAACCAUCACGCCAUCUCUGGGGUGCUGGAAGCUCCUGAGGAGGUCAUAGGGGAACCCCUGCCCUCUAGGGAGAAACACCAGGCUGAGUGUCUGUCUGGCAUGGGGCUGCUGUGUGAGGAUGGAGACAUGGCCAAGGCCUUUGUGCUGACACCUCUCACCCCAUCAGCCAAGAGGAAGGGAAUGGCGGCGAGGGGCAGGGAACUGGAGGAGAUGGGGAAAGAGAAGAACAAGAAGAGGAGGAGGAAAGAUAAGGAAAAUCUGGAGUUGCAGCAAACGAAAAAGCAGAAGGAACAUCAGACCAAGAAACAGAAGAGGAAACUAGAGGAGGUGGACCUGGAGGAGGAUGUGGACGUGGAGCAGCUGGAGCCGGGUGAGCUGUCUAACACAGAGGACGAGGAAGAUGAAGAGUGGGAUGAUGUGAGGAAGAGCGAGCGCCUCUUCCUCCAGGAGGCCGGGUUGACUUCGUCGCAGCGUUGGCCCAAGCCCAUCCCUGCCCCGGAGCCCGUCACGUUUGACCAGCGCAGCGAGUUUGAGCAGAUGACCAUCCUGUAUGACAUCUGGAACUCUGGUCUAGACAUGGAGGACAUGACGCUGCUGAAGACGACCUACGAGAAGCUGCUGCAGGACGACCACAGCACCGACUGGCUCAACGACACACACUGGGUCCACCACACUGUUACCAACAUCCCCAACCCGCGGCGUAAGAAGAAGAGUGCAGACGGGCAGCUGCGGGAGCACGUGACAGGCUGUGCCAGGAGCGAGGGCUACUACGCCAUCAGCAGGAAGGAGAAGGAUGUCUACCUGGAUCUGGAACUGCCUGAGCAGGCCCUACUGGAGGCUGCCGACUACGACGCCUCUGGCUCAAACCGGCUGCUGUCAGAGAGACGGUCGGAGCAGCGCCGCCUCCUCAGUGCCAUAGGCAUCCCUGCAGUCAUGGACUCUGACCUGCUCAAACUCAAUCAGCUCAAGUUCCGUAAGAAGAAGCUUCGAUUUGGCCGCAGUAGGAUCCAUGAAUGGGGCCUGUUCACCAUGGAACCCAUUGCUGCUGACGAGAUGGUCAUUGAGUAUGUGGGCCAGAAUAUCAGACAGAUGGUGGCUGACAACAGAGAGAAGCGUUAUGCCCAGCAGGGCAUUGGGAGCAGCUACCUGUUCAGAGUGGACCACGACACCAUCAUUGAUGCUACCAAGUUAGGCAACCUGGCACGCUUCAUCAACCACUGCUGCACUCCUAACUGCUAUGCAAAGGUGAUCACCAUAGAAUCCCAGAAGAAGAUCGUGAUCUACUCCAAGCAGGCCAUUGGCAUGAAUGAAGAGAUUACCUACGACUACAAGUUCCCUCUAGAGGAAAAUAAGAUUCCCUGUCUGUGUGGAACAGAGAACUGCCGUGGGACGCUCAACUAGAUAUCACAGCAUGACCACUCUCACACUGAGGUGUGGCAGUUCCCCGUUUCAGUCCCUCCUCCACAACCCCCGACUAUAACCAAGAACAAAGCCACACCCACCACCAACAGCCCCCUUCCUGACCGCAAAGCCCACCUGCUCCUCCAGACUGUCAAACAGUUGUCUGUACCAUAUCCAGAAAACAGAGAGACAUGUAACGUUUGCACUGUUCACAUGCUUUAAUUUACCUGGGGUUAUGGUUUAUUAUCUUAGGGGCUGUGAGACUCUCCUUCCCAGGGGUGUGAUUAAUAAUAGGGCCCCCUCUCCUGUACCCCAAACCCUUGAAAUGCAGCAGUAGUCUCCGCUGUAGCAGGAUUUAAUAACUUAGGACCACUUGUUCCCGUUCGAUCAAGGGUGGACAUUCCCCCCCCCUGCCAACAGCCUUUCCUUGGAAUAGAGAAUGCAACCGUAACCUAUCAGAACUGGUUUUGUGUGUCUUGUCUGCCUCCGCACAGAUAGGGAGUGGUCCGAAAGCUCCCGCUAACCCAAACUCUCUACCCACACCAAUCCGCACAUAGACGCACAGGAUUUACAAACAUAUUCAGGGUUUUAAAGGCGCUCGUUCGCAGCGCAGUUUUAGUUACACACUCUAAUCCAUUGGGACUUCAGUUAUGCAAGAUUUCCAAACAUGAAGAUUGUUUGAGCUUUGUCAUUUUAUAGUAUUGCAUAUUCUUAUUCUUGUUCUGAUUUAGUUGCGUGAGCUGUAGGUGGGUGUGUGACUCUCCCCUCACCAGUUUGUUUGGAUGAGAGACCAUAGACUUAAAUGCUAAAUAAGAACAAAUCAUUUGUAGAUCAAAUAGUGUGUGGCGUCACAUCAGUUUAUCUUUAAAGCUUAAGAUGGCUGCUGAGUUUUAGUCUGCAGGUUUAUCUCAAUUUGGAAUGCAUUGUUUGUUCCUUUUACGUUCCCCUUUCCCCAUUGUGAUGUUGUCCCUCCUCACGUUAGGAAGCAGAGAAAGGACCUGACCCGUGUGUAUCUGUGUUAAGAGAAUGUAUUCUUACGGGAGCGAGUGAUUUUAUUCCUGUCGUGUGAAUGUGCUCUCACUGUCAAUUAGAAGUUUUGUGCUAUUGAACAACCUGCAAAUGUCAGGUUGUCUGCGCUUUUUGUAUGACAUGGUCAAGGCACACUGUCAGGAAAACUGUUUCUAUGAAAUCUCCCUUAUUUGGCAAACCAUUACAGACAAAUCUGUUCAAAAAAUGUUUUUAAUUUAAAUGUAACCUUUAUUUAACUAGGCAAGUCAGUU